AAACAUCAACGUUGUUCCCCGCCCGCAAUUCUUGGUUUUCUCAUUUCCCUAUUUACUUUCGCGUUUAUCUGAUUCGAUUUCGAAUGCGCCCCUCGCCGCCAUAUACCAAAGUCUCCGUAUUAUCUAACUGUCACUUGAGCAAUUGGUAAAUUGAUCCGCCCGAGUCAUCGCACCGCCACCGCUAGUAGCCGUCGCUAUGCCGCCGAAACAAUCGUCGCAGCGGCGCAUUACGCAGUCGCAACACGAGGGGGUCUACGAGUUGGGAAAACAGGGAAGGAAAACGGGCAUUACUCUAGAAGAGCGUGAACGCGACGAGCAUGGCUUCGAAAAUGUCGAUGCACUAUUUUCAUCACCUGAGAAAGACGUCAAUAACGUCACGGCCAAUGGGACUAAUAGACGGGGCCGCGACGAGUCAGACGAGGAACAAACGAUGGAGAUCGAUGAUGAAUCUCAAAUGGGCCCAGCUACCAUUAUGAAGCAGCGUUAUAAUCGCCCUUCGCUACCGCGCGCUCGAUCACCUCUAAAGACAAACCUCCAGUCUCCAGCACGCCAAAAUCCACACCUAGGACCUACUUCUUCACCUACUCGAGGUUCUAUCGUCCCUGCACCAGAACACAGCUCGCCGAGGGCGGUCAACCGGAGGCUGGACUUUUCCCAAGGCCCCUCUCAAAGCAGGAUGAGGCCUCCAGUAAAUGGAGCUUCGAAAGUGAAUGGCACGAAGGCUAGGACCGGAAAACUUACCAAUGGUCAUGCUCGAGCUCAGGAAUCUGACGAAGACGACGAUGCUAUUCUACGAGGAAGACGAAACCAACCUCGAGAAGAAGAAGAGGAAGAGGAGGAGGAGGAACCAGAGGAAGAUAUGCAAGGCAUUGACGCCGGCGACGAUAUGGAUCUAGUGGAAGAGGAACAGGAUGACGCUCCCAUAGAACCCGAGCCUGAGCCCGAACCCGAGGAAGAGGAGGAAGAACCUAUCCCGCCGGCUAAGAAGCGCAGAGGUCGGAAGCCAAAGUCUCCUGUCGUACAAGAAGAAGAGGGUGAAUCUUCGAUGGCGUCCGCGCAAAGUCAAGAAGCCGAAGCCGAACCUGUGAAAAAGAAGCAAAGAGGACGGCCAGCGAAGGGAGCACAGUCGAAACAAUCUCCCGAAGCUGCAAAGCAACCCGCGAAACAACCUGCGAAACGAAGAAGAUCCGACAGAAAUUCAGGGAGCAGCAACAGCAACGUCGAGGAACAAGGAGAAGAAGAACAAGAGGACAAUGUGGAAGAGAGGGAGACAAAGCGCCAACGAAGCGACAAGAAAGAGGAUAAGGCUGCUUCAUCGAAGUCAACCGCAACAAAGCAAAAAGGAAAGCCUGGUCGCAAAAGGAAGUCAUCUGGAAUAGGAGUCGACCAACCCGUCGUCCAACGCGGUCCUCCUCUUCCCAAAGGCCGCGGACUCGUCACAUUGCAUCGAGAAGAAGAAGAUAACAUGCGCACUACACGAUCAGGCCGACAUUCGUAUAAGCCCGUAGCAUUCUGGAGAGGCGAACAAGUCAAAUACGAUAUCGGGGAAAAUGAUAUCUUCGAAGAUAAGAAACAGCGUUUCGUGAUACCAAGCGUAGCGGGCAUCAUACGCAAAACCGAGGUUGAAAACGAACCGCGAAAACGCCGUCCCGGACGUCCUUCCAAGCUAGCUAAGAAGGGCCGCCCAUCCGCGAUAAUAGAGGAAGAUGUGGAGCGCGACGACUGGGAGUACGACCCCGGACGCGUGGCAGGCGAGUGUAUAUUCUGGCGGCCGGACCAAGAGAACCAACCAGAUGACGGAGAGCUGGAGGUAGCCGAGGAGGAGCUGGCGAUCUCGGAGGCGGCGAUACAACUCAAGGACAUCAAGGACGCGACGUUCCGGUUCGCUAAGACGCUGACGAUGCCGUUCUUCGGCUCGGGCAUCGUGGAUAUGCCACCCGGCUCGGAGAAGCGGACGAAGAACUCUAGGAAAAUGCAGAUGGUCUUCUUCGUGCACGCCGGCAGCGUCGAGGUCACGGUCGCGCAGACGGAGUUCAGGAUCGGAAAGGGUGGGAUGUGGUUCGUUCCUAGAGGAAACCACUACAGCAUAUUAAACAACAGCUCGAUCCCGGCACGCAUCUUCUUCGCGCAGGGCUGCGAGAUGGUUGCUCAGCCGGAGGGCUUCGAAGGAACGCAGGAAUAGGUUUCCUUGCAAACCAGUCCUCGUCUUCGUAUCACAUCCUCUACGUAGUUACGAAAUGGAAUAAGGAGAGGGUUUUCUGUAGAAUCGUGGCAGCAUCGUUUACUUGUUUGUAAUUUUUGCUGUUUUGCGAAAUUAUAAUGUCUAAGGGGUCCCGGAGGGCGGUUUUCCGAAUCCUGUAUGUCUCAGAUCCCCAUGGUUAAGGCGGCAUUGCAUCAUCCUCGUCAUUGCUAUUCCCAUCGAUUUUUCACCGCCACUACAUCUCUCUUUUCCGCUCACGCAGGUUCCCGCCGAUCAAAUCAUACCGGCGUUUGAAGAUUUCCAAUUUCCCCAAUGGACUUAAACAGGGUUGAAGGGGUGUCGGGGAUGAGCUUUUUUAACACAUAUGUAUCUAUUACGCCGGGGGUUGCUUUCUGUCCUACCCAAGUAAAUACCUAGGUAGAGUGAGCUUCUCAUCGGGCAGGCUCUGAUUAGGAGCUUAGAGCUCGAAGUCACAAUACUUGGUCGUUGGUUGCUAUUUAUGAUACCAAAUCAAAAGUUCUUUUCA